GUCUGCCCGACUGCCGAGCGCGCCGGGCCACCCGCACCCCGCGCCAGCUCGGCCACGACGCGAUCCGUGUGCGUUCUCAAAACCGACCGUCGCGAGUGCACUAUGACACUAGUGAGCUAGCGGGCCGCUGUGACGGUGUCAAAUAAUUGAUGUGUAUGUGUUCACGUGCUUGUGGUGUGUGUUAGCUUGAGCCCGUGAUUAAAAACGUUCGUGGUGGCCAGCGGAGCCUUGCACCCGGGCUCGGGGCGAGCUUUCAUGGCUCAGCCUAGGUACGACGAAAGCCUCCACGGCGGGGGCUACAUGGAGGGUGGGAUGUACCACGAACACAGGCUGUCUCACCCCCACAUACCGCCGGUCCACUACCCCCCGGCGGCGUCGCACGCGCUGCCCGGCGAGCCCCUCGUUCACAAGCGUGACAAGGACGCUAUAUAUGGGCACCCCCUGUUCCCCCUGCUGGCGCUGAUCUUCGAGAAGUGCGAGCUGGCGACCUGCACCCCCCGGGACCCCGGGGUGGCGGGGGGAGACGUGUGCUCGUCCGAAUCGUUUAACGAGGACAUCGCAGUUUUUAGCAAACAGAUACGCCAAGAAAAACCCUACUACAUAGCGGAUCCAGAGGUCGAUUCAUUAAUGGUGCAAGCAAUACAAGUGCUACGGUUUCACCUCUUAGAAUUAGAAAAAAGACCGCCUUCCUCCUCGCUGUCUUACGGCGCGGUGAAUGACGACGUGCGCUCGCCGGGCUCCGGCGGCACUCCCGGGCCCCUCAGUCAGCCGCCGCCGCAGACCCUCGAUGCGACCGACCCAGAUGCAAUGGGCAAAUGGUGCCCAUCGCGGCGUGAAUGGUCGUCCCCGCCGGAUGUAGCGCGGCGCGUCUACUCCUCAGUGUUCCUGGGCAGCCCCGGUGAGUAUCCAGGGGAUGCGAGCAACGCGAGUAUCGGCUCCGGCGAAGGAACGGGAGAGGAGGACGACGACACAAAUGGAAAGAAGAACCAGAAAAAGCGGGGUAUCUUCCCGAAGGUAGCCACCAAUAUCCUUCGGGCGUGGCUCUUUCAACAUUUAACGCAUCCGUACCCUUCAGAGGACCAGAAAAAACAACUAGCGCAGGACACAGGGUUAACAAUACUGCAAGUAAAUAAUUGGUUUAUCAACGCAAGACGUAGGAUAGUUCAGCCAAUGAUCGACCAGUCGAAUAGAGCAGUGUUCCCCCACGCGGGCCCCAGCGGCGCAUACAGCCCCGAGGCCACCAUGGGCUACAUGAUGGACGGCCAGCAGAUGAUGCACAGGCCCCCCACGGACCCCGCCUUCCACCAGGGCUACGCGCACUACCCCGCGGAGUAUUACGGCCACCAUCUCUAAUGUAACUUGUACAUAUAUGAAUAACGCACACGCGAAGCUGCCUCAGCUAGAGGCUGCGAGUGUGCGACAUAUAAGGCCCCCACUGACGAUUCGUGCGACUAGACGCGACACGACGCGACGGACGCGCGACUGGACUGGCACGUGAUACGAACAAAACAGGAGAACGAUGCUUGUGUACAUAAAGCUAUACGUUUUGUAAUAUUUGAAACAGUAUACGAUCUCCUAAAUUAAGGUUUAAAGUCAACUUUAAUGUUUAAAUUAAUGUAAAUGAACGAAGUGACACUGUGGACGCUGUAUUAUACGACUGGUGCAAUCACCUUAUUAUAAAUAUUAUAAAAACGGUUUUAUCACUCGGAACUAUAGGAGCAAAGUUGAUGAAUGUAACAAUAAACGGUUUGAUAGUUAUCGUAUAAAUAUUUAUAGCUAAUUGUGUAUUGUUAUUACGUAAAUAUAAAUAAAUAAUUGAAUAGUUGUAAGUUGUAACUAUCACAAGUGCUGGGCUCGCUGGAAGGUAACACAAGUUUUGUAAAAGAGCUAUGUAUGUAGUAGGUUGUUUGGAAUCAUUUCUGUGUAUUAUUUUUUUGUUAUGCGAGCCGACUUGAUCAUGAAGACGAACCGUCGUUGCGACAGCGACGCUGCGACUAUCGCAGCGACUUUUCCCUCGCACACGCAUGUCCGUGACCAGGUCCGAGCGCAGUUUGGGAACAACCAUCGAAUUGAUUUUCGUAAUAGUAGUUUUCUUUACGCUGUUACCUAACUACUUAUUUAUAAAGCUCAUUUUAACGUCAAUUCCCUUCUCGUUUACGGAAUUUUGCUUUACAGGUGACAUACAUAUCUUGAAUUAUAUACUUAUUAUAUAUUAUAUUUAUUACGAUAUUUAGUACGAAGUAUCAUAGUAUUUCACCUUGCCCUGGUGUUCAGUAAUAUAGCACAAUUUGUAACCCAUGUAUACGAUGAAAUAAAAUAAUAUUUUACACUGUUAAAACGAUGAGAUUUUUAAGCUAUAUUUUUCGUCUUCAUUGAUAAUUGUGAAUUGCCUUAACGAUGUCGUUAAUGUUGGAAACUCACGUUUUUAAACAGAAUUAUGGAACGAUGAUAAAAUAAUGUGACGGAGGCUGUUUGAAUGCGUCAAAGUAACUAACUAUAAUUAAAACCCGUGACAUAAUAUCGUAACGAUAAUAGUAAGAAUAUCGUUGGUUGUAACGAUAAAACUGAAGUAUGAAUAUAAUUAAUUGGUCACUAAAUUUUAACAUAAUAAUUGUAAUAUAUCACAUAUGUAAUCCACAAGCAGUUGAAUAUAAUUUAAAGGAUAAAUAAAUUCAAAAAUUUCGACGCAUUUAAACACCUUCAUGGAUUAUGAAUCAGAAUUAGUUUCACGUGUAACAUUAUACUAUAACCCGCGCCAAUAAAGGAUAAAAUCACAAAUGAUUCGCAUUUGCCAUUCGAUUCUUUCAUGGCACGGGCUAUAAACUGAUAGUAUACUAAGGUGACGACCACGGACGUAAUAUAAAUCGAGCGUUAAGUCUCGUUACCGGCCUUAUGCAAUGUAUACGAAUGGGAGCUUCUUAAAUUUGACAAAAUUUCAAAUUUAAAUAAAAUUGAUCGCGGUUUUUGAUAGCUAUAGUUAUCCGGAAUCAAGCUUUAUUCUAUUUUUAAUUGAUGUGGCGUGAUUGUUUUACUUCUCUAUAGAUAUACUCGUCGGAAUGCAUUUUACUAAGCCUCGAUAUACGAUGUUUUUUAUCCACUUAUUACUCGGUUUUUAAAACGAUUUAUUUAUACGUUUAUAGGAAUUCGGAAACACGUUUAAAUCUUAUUAUUUUAUCUCUCAUUGUUUUGAUGCUCUUUGUCGAAUCAUUACAUUAAAAUAAGUCGUCAAUUACGUUCAAUUUCUACUCUGAUAAGGGCCUAAGUAAGUCUUAUCGGUUUAAGAUAGGUUACUAAUAAUUUCAACAAUCACGUCACAAACAAAACAUAUUUGUUAUACUCUGUAAAUAUAUCGUAUUAUCUUUGUAUAAAACGUUUCGUUUCCAGUGAAAUUUUCAGUAUUAAAACCCGGUUUCGGUUCAAAAAUCUUCCCCAAAAAAACCAAUAUUUGUUACACUUUUAUUAUUGUUAAAAUGCAUCGCGUGUAAUAUAUUUUAUUAAGAAAAGUCUUAAAUAGUAGUUAUUAGAUAUUAAUGUAUUAAUUGAAGAAUUAUUUUAUUUUGAUUUUUCUUAUUAUUAUAUGUAUGUAAUAUACAUAAUGAGUUCGAAAGUCAAGAGGUUUGUAAAUAUAGUCAUUUAAUGAGAACUUUUCUCGUCUCUCAGCGAUUUAAAUCAAUUGAAAACAUGAAUAUAUUUGUAUUGUAUCAUUUUAUCGCAACAGGAUGGACACGAAAUAGUUUUUUUUUUUUGUUUGUUUAUAUAAUAUAGGUAUCGUACUAACAACGCUGACGAGACGUUUCGAGGAAAAAUGUCGGCAUUAUGAAUGCUACGAAUUGUGUAAAAAAUAUUAAAAACUAAAAAAAA